AUGGGAAAUAGUAUUGAUUUCCUUAGAUUUAUUAGAAAGUGAAUUUGCUGAAAAUGUUGGAACAGAUUUAGUUCUUUAGGAUACAUACAUUACAAAAGUUAAUCCUCAAAAUUUUAUGGAUGUAAAGCUACCACAGUAGUUCAGUUUUAACAUGUAAAGAUUGAUAAAAGUAGUAUUUUAGAAAUUAAUAAUUAGCCAUUCUAUGAGGCUGUUAUGUGAAGAACAAAUGUUGAAGAGACUUUAAUAAAAUUCCACAGUUUUUUGUCUAUAUUUUACCAUUAUCAAAUGA